GAAUUGUGGAUCAUCCAACGAUACACAGACUGAGAACUUUCUCACCUUCCUUUUAUACAUUUAGCUUUACUUGGAUUUCGUCUUGGAGAAAAGUAACUGAACUAAGAGGAAAAGAGUUUCCUGAUGAAGUGAUUCAGACGAGAUCAGACCAACUACAGAGACCAAACCCCAGACACCAUCACACCUGAUUCACCUUCACUGUGUGGAGCUCUGCACCAGGAAUCACCAUGGCAACGAUCAGUAACAUCUCAUCAAAAUACAAGGACAUCAUCUCCAAAAGUUCUCAGAUCAGUUCAGGAUCUCCUGCUCGAUACCAGCUGAGACCAAAGAUAAAAGAGUUCAGUACUCUGACCAGAAGGACUGUUGGUGAAAGAAAUCUGAAGAAGGUAAAUAAAACCAUCUUACUUGUGGGAGAAACAGGAACAGGGAAAUCUACUCUGAUCAACACUCUGGUCAACUACGCCAUGGGAGUAGAGUUUGAUGACGACAUCUGGUUUGAGAUCGUAGAGGAGGAGGAGAGAAGUCAGACAGAAAGUCAGACAUCUGAUGUGAUCGUGUACGAGAUCUUUGACUUUAAAGAAAACACUCUGCCCUACUCUCUGACCAUCAUUGAUACUCCUGGAUAUGGAGACACCAGAGGGAUCGAACUUGAUGUCAUUGUUAGUCAAAGAUUAUUUGACUUGUUCAGCUCAGAAGAAGGAGUUCAUGAAGUUAGUGCAGUGGGUCUGGUGCUGAAGGCGUCAGAGAAUCGACUGAGUGAUCGACUGAUGUACAUCUUUGAUUCCGUCGUUUCUCUGUUUGGAAAAAACCUGGAGAACAACAUCGUCGCUCUCAUCACUCACUCCAAUGGAAUAAUGCCUGAAAAUGUUCUUGAAGCUCUUGAAGCUGCAAAAAUUAAAUGUGCCAGAGAUGAGGAGAAUCAACCUCUUCACUUCCUGUUUGAUAACUGCCAGAACAAGAAGAGAACAGACAAGAAUGAGGCAGCUUUAAGGAAUCCUUGGGAAAUUACAAAGCGAGAAAUGGGUCAGUUCAUAAAUUUCCUAGAAAAAUGUGCACCUCAAAAACUGGUUACAACAGUUGACGUGUUGAAUUCACGCAUCAGACUGACGGCCUGCAUCCAAAACCUGGAACAGAGAAUUGAGUUGAUUGAACUGAAACAUACAGAAAUCAAACAGACUCAGGAAGCUUUGAAGAAACAUGAACAAGAGAUGGAGAAGAAUGAGAAGUUCACUGCAGAAGUUGAUGAGGUCUACAAAGAUAAAGAACCUAUCAAAGGUGCUCGACCUCCUCAAUCAUGUCAGACUGAGAUAUUUUAUCCUCUUGAUCAACAGGCAGGUUGUAGCUGUGAGGAUCACCUGAAGCUGGUGAUGAAGAUGGCUCCGCCCACAGGAGACAUCAGGUUGGAUGGCGUCUGCUUCUGCAGGACCGACCUUCACUCCCAGGAUCAGGACACUGGUUCACACCUGAAUCACGUCCUGGUGGCGCUGCUUCUGUCCUCUCGUCUGCUCUCUGGGUCGCAGCAUCAUGUGGGCGGGGCUCAGGCGGCUCCUCCACUCAGCGACGGCCACGUGUGA